CGUCGGUGUCUAGUUCGAAUGAGGCAGCUCUCGCGCACUGUUUUGACUCUCGGCAGGAUCGAUUUAUCAUUACCGAUGCUCCAUAUGGGGACUGGAAUCCAAAUACCAGUAUCUUACGAUUGACAGAGCGACAUGGUCAUCCGGUCAUCUAUCUGGAUAUAUGUGGUACAGAGACUGUGGACUCUACUGCGUCUGAAGAUGGAACUGGUAGUCCUGUAGGCAAGCCUGUCAUUGUGAAGCAGUCGGAUGAGACGUACCAAUAUGGUAUCGUGGAUCCUACGGCCGACCUAUCUCUCGAAACGUCACUCCCCCCAACGCUCAAAUUCGAAAAUCGCGGGAUGCGCUAUCGAAUGCGACUUGAGGUGUCCCCAGAAGUGAAUUUCAUCAUGGGAGAUUUUGGGCAUCAAAUUACGUCAGAGGUUACCUCGAGUUUGCGUGUUCCAGCGCGGGCAGCAUUCGAAGCAACGUCUGUUGACAACCAUCAAAAGCAGGAUCUCUAAGCAGAUACACCACUCUCAACUGUUUCCUACGUGACAUGCCGGGAUGAUACAAGUCCAUUGAAACAACCUUGCUCGAGCGCAUGUGAAGCUUGACACCAAGAUGGUCCUGUCCUAUAGGACGACGCCGAUAAGUUUACUCGCCCAACAGAGAGUUUAACAGCUUUCAACAUCACGGAGAACACUCGGUCUACGCUCCUUGUUUUAGUCAUUCUAUACAAGAUCAGAAUUGUAUCAUGCGCGGAAUACCUGUCGUUCACAACCAAUCAUAAUCGUUUUGGGCGAGUGGCUCCAAUUACCACCAAGACAGCGCGAUUCGCUCCGGUUGUUCCCGAAUCUCCACGCCAUCACCGAGCCAAAUCCGUUCGCCACGCCACCAUCAGCCAAUGGCCUCCUGAUACGCCGUCAAAUUUUCUUUUUGAGGAGCAAUUUUUCACCUGCUACAAUUUUUCUUCAUAUCUAAACACAGAUAGCAGUCUUGGUGAUAUUAGCGCGUUCC